AUGGUAUCGGCAGUCAUUUUGGUUCAGCAUGCAACGCCAGAGACAAUAAUACAAUUUGAGGAUCAACUUUCUAAUGAACUACCAACAAGGCGAGGGAAUUGGGGUUUUACAUUCAAGAUUUUUCGAAACAACCUGUACUCGGUGCCAGAGGCUAUUGCUGGAACCCAUGAGAGGAACCCAACUUCGCAGUUUUUGUUUACUUUAGCUCCCACAUACCUCCCUGGAAGUACAAUUACUAUUAUAAAUGGACAUUCUGCUGGCGUUUUUUGCAAUUCUAUACAAGAAGAAGUAAUUGAGCUUGGAAACAACCCCGAAUUGAGUAUACCAGAUAAUCAUUUGCAUUUGGGUGCCACCACCGGGUUGAAUGAUAGCUUUGAUUUGUUUCUUAAUCAAAAAUUACAGAGUUUAUGGACACAAAAACAAAUUAUUAAAGGUGAUGGAGGUCAGAUUUAUGAACUAGAGAAUGGCAAAGUCUUGAUAAAAACAUCGAAUGUGUUUAUGCAUGGAAGUUUUAAAGGAUUGCUUGUGCAGAUCGAAGUAGACGAUUCAUAUAGAAAGCGAGGUGGCGCCAUAAGUGCAACAGCAGUGACAGAACGAGAAGAGGAUGCAAACAUAAUACGGCAGGUUUUGGCAAAAUACAACGUACCACAAGGCAAAAUCUCAUUUGAUGUGUUGGAUACGGCUGCUAGCGAUCGCUAUGGUAACCUUUGCUUGCAGUACUCUCGAACAUUAGACUUUUGA